AUGACAGGCUGGUCGCCGGCGUUCCUUCUCCUCACGCUGACGCUGAUCCUCUUAGCGACGGAGGUGUCUACCAUAGCGUUCGCAAAGCGUCCGAUCCACACUAUAUACACACUUGCCGUGUCGACAAGCACCAACUCGUUGUCCACACCACCGGUUCCCUGUCUGCUAGAGCAGGCUUCCUCGCUCCUCCGUCUGAAGAAAUCCUUCAACACAACUGGCGGCGAUUGGACCACCUUUCAGUCAUGGGUCGCCAGCACAGAUUGCUGCAGCUGGGAUGGCGUCCGCUGUGGCAGGGCAGACGGCCAUGUAACCUCCCUCGACUUGGGUGGCCGUCAGCUGCAAGCCAGCGGUCUCGAUCCGGCACUAUUCAGCCUAAGCUCACUCAAUCAUCUCGACCUCUCCGGCAACAACUUCAGCAUGGCCCAUCUCCCUCCCACUGGCUUUGAGCAGCUCAUCGAGCUAAGCUACCUCGACCUCUCUGAUACCAACUUGGCUGGUUCUGUGCCACCUGGCAUCGGUCGCCUCAAGAACCUGGUUUAUCUUGAUCUCUCCACAAGCUUCUAUAUUGUUGAUUUUGACAAUGAAAACAGUGUCAUGUACUACGACUCAGAUUCCAUUUGGCAGCUUUCAGCGCCAAACUUGGACAAUUUGCUUGCUGAGCUCACAAACCUGGAGGAGCUCCAUUUGGGCAUGGUGAAUCUGUCCGGCAACGGACCACACUGGUGCAACCAUUUGGCCAGAUUCACUCCUAACCUUCAGGUUCUUAGCUUACCUUACUGUUCGCUGUCAGGUUCCAUAUGUAAGUCAAUCUCGGCCUUGCAGUCUCUGAGAGUUAUCGAACUUCAUUAUAAUCACUUGUCUGGUUCAGUGCCAGAGUUCUUGGCUGGCUUCUCCAACCUAACAAUUCUUCAGCUUUCAACAAAUAAGUUUGAAGGAUGGUUCCCUCCCAUCAUCUUCCAACACAAGAAGUUACAAACAGUUGACCUCUCUGCAAAUCUUGAGAUCCGUGGUGUUCUGCCAACUUUCACGCAGGGCAGCAGCUUGCAGAAUCUGUUUGUCGACAACACAAACUUCUCUGGGACAAUACCAAGUUCCAUAAGAAAUCUCAAGUCUCUAAAGAUGCUGGGCCUUGGUGCACGUGGCUUUUCUGGAGUAUUGCCCUCUUCGAUAGGUGAGCUUAAAUCCUUGGAGUUGCUUGAGGUGUCUGGGUUACAUUUAGUGGGAUCCAUGCCGCCGUGGAUCUCAAACUUUACUGCUCUAUCUGUUCUCCAGUUCUCUCACUGUGGAUUAUCAGGACAAGUACCUUCUUGGAUCGGAAACCUAAGGGAAUUGACAAAAUUAGCAUUGUACAGUUGCAACUUUUAUGGGAAGAUACCUCCACAGAUCUCAAAUUUGACCAGAUUACAAACCCUCCUGCUGCAGUCAAAUACUUUUCUAGGCACAGUGCAACUAUCUGCGUUCUCAAAAAUGCAAAAUCUAACUGCCUUAGAUCUCUCAAACAAUGAACUGCAUGUGGUAGAAGAAAAUAGUUCUUUACCUGUGCCCUUUCCCAAACUCGAAUUCUUACGUUUAGCAUCUUGCAGAAUGUCUAGCUUCCCCAGCAUCUUGAGGCAUCUAGAAGGCGUCAUUGGUCUUGACCUCUCUGAUAACCAAAUCGAUGGGGCAAUACCCCAGUGGGCAUGGGAGACAUGGAAUGGAUCAAACAUGAUCCUCCUGAAUGUAUCACAUAAUAUGUUUACAAGCAUUGGCUCUGAAGAACCUUUGCUUCCAGUUCAAGUAGAAUAUUUCGACCUCAGUUUCAAUAAUUUCAAAGGGCCCCUACCUAUAACACGAGGUGGCAGUGUCUCGCUUGACUACUCGAGCAAUCUGUUCUCAUCAAUGCCUUUCGAUUUAUUUACUUACCUCAAUGGCACACCCUUUUUCAAGGCCUCUAGAAAUAGGCUCUCUAACAAUAUUCCACCAUCAAUUUGUGGUGCAGUUAGGAGUCUACAAGUCAUUGAUCUCUCUUAUAACAACAUAAGUGGUUCAAUCCCAUCUUGUUUAAUGGAGGAUGUCAGUGCAUUGCAAGUAUUAAGUCUAAGAGAAAAUAAACUUGCUGGAGAGUUACCUAAUAACAUUAGCAAAGGCUGUGCACUUGAAGUGUUAGAUUUAAGUGGCAACUGGAUUGAAGGGAAAAUACCCAGAUCUCUAGUUGCUUGCAGGAAUCUAGAGCUCCUUGACAUCGGAAGCAAUCAGAUUAGUGACACCUUCCCUUGUUGGAUGAGUUCACUUCCCAAAUUUCAAGUUCUUGUCCUCAAAUCCAACAAGUUCACUGGAAAGUUACUGGAUCCAUCAUACAAUACCGAAGAAGGAAACAAAUGUGAAUUUACAGAACUGCGAAUUGCUGAUAUUGCCUCAAACAACUUCAGUGGCACUCUUCCAGUAGGAUGGGUUAUGAUGCUAAAGUCUAUGAUGACCAGGUCUGACAACGAGACAUUAGUCAUGCAAAAUCAAUACUAUCAUGGGGAAACAUACCAGUUCACAGCUUCAAUAACAUACAAAGGGAAUUCUGUAACCAUCACGAAGAUAUUGAGAACCCUUGUGCUGAUUGAUAUCUCAGACAAUGCAUUCUGUGGUACUAUCCCUGAGACCAUUGGGGAUCUUGUGCUCCUUCACGGGCUCAACAUGUCUCACAAUGCUCUUGGGGGUUCAAUUCCAGCUCAAUUUGGCAAUCUGAAGAACCUUGAAACAUUGGACCUCUCCUCAAAUCAGUUAUAUGGGGAAAUUCCACAGGAGCUAGCAUCACUAAACUUCCUAUCGACAUUAAAUCUGUCCUACAACAUGUUGUCUGGACGGAUACCACAGUCAUCUCAGUUCUCCACAUUUUCCAAUAGCUCUUUUCUUGGGAACACUGGUUUGUGUGGACCUCCAAUGUCCAAUCAAUGCAUAAACCAAACCGAAACAAGCUUACCAUAUGCUUCAGAGAAAAAUCCUGCAGAUGUACUGCUUUUCAUCUUCACUGCUUUGGGAUUUGGCAUCUGCUUUUCAAUUACCAUUAUAGUGGUAUGUGGAAGACAAAGAUGGAAGCAAUCUUGA